GGCGUUCCAUAUUGCCAGUAAACCCUGAAUAACAUAAACAACUUUUUCCACCUCAUAAUUGCAGAAAUCUAGCAGAAAUAUAAGGUGCCGUCAGAAAAUGCCUGAGAAGAAGGAUCUUGAAUGUGAUGUGUUAGUAGUAGGGGCAGGACUGUCUGGUCUGACUGCAGCGUAUCGGAUCCAGCAGAAUGUUCCAGGAUGCAAGGUCAUUGUUCUUGAGGCAAAAGAUCGGAUUGGUGGAAGAACAAUGACUGUUGAAAUGCAGGGAGCUCAUGGACCUGAUUCAUGGGAUCUAGGAGGUCAGUGGGUAUCAAGCUCACAGCAUCACAUUAUGUGGCUCCUAGAAGAACUCGGCAUUGAACAUUACCCACAAUUCAACAGUGGAAAGAAACUUCUCCAAGCAGGCAAAGAGUUUGGGAUCACAGAACACCAUGAUAACAUCCCAUCGUUACCGCUUCUCUCUCUUGUAGACCUUAACAGGUUUAUUACAAAUUUAGAUAGUAUUGCUAUAAAGUCUAUAUCUUGUGAUGAGCCUUGGACAGCUGUCAGAGCCGAUGAGUUUGAUAACAUGACACUAGAACAACUUGUAGAAAGCUGGACAUGGACAACAGUUGCUAGGGAUACUAUUGAGACUGGCUGGCAGGUUGUUAGUGGUCUGAGGUUACGAGAGAUCAGCGCCCUCUCUUACAUGUUCUAUCUUAGUUCAUCGGGCGGACUGGAGAAGCUAGUAGAGACAACCGUUGGCUCGGCCCAAGAGCUGAGAAUAAAGGGUGGAUCACAAGGUAUGAGUCAUCAAUUAGCAGAACGAAUAGACAUUUCAAACAUCUUCCUCUCUGAACCAGUUGUUUCAAUUGACCAAAGCCAGCCAGACAGGGUCAAAGUUCAUUCACAGUCUGGUAAACAUUUCACUUGCAAGCAUGUUAUUGUUGCUGCUCCUCCUCACUGCGCAGGAUCAGUUCAGUACUUACCCGAUCAGCCCACAAGAAGAAUACGACUGACAACAUCAAUGCACACUGGUCAUCUCUUCAAAUUUGUAGCAACUUAUAAAAAGGCGUUUUGGAGAGAGGCUGGUUAUUCUGGUGAGAUUGUUUGUAAUGGUAGCUGUGCUACUGUACCUGGCUGUAACAAGGCUCCUAUUCAGUAUGUCCUUGAUGCUACAACCUCAGAAGGAAGUCCAGCUCUUGUUGGUUUCAUUGGUAACCCAAGCCUUUGGGGACAAGUUAGCUACGAGACGAGAAAGACUGCUAUUCUGAACCACCUUGCUGAUUUCUUUGGACCUGCAGCAAAGAAGCCAAUUGAUUUCUUGGAAAAGGACUGGGCUUCAGAACCAUAUAAUGGAGGCUGUCCUGUAAGUCUAAUGACGCCUGGUGCUAUGGCAAACUGGGACACAAUAAGGACACCAUACGGAAGGAUACACUGGGCGGGUACAGAGACGGCCACUCAUUGUAUGGGAUACCUGAACGGAGCCGUCCAAUCAGGGUUGAGAGCCGCUGAUGAGGUCACCCUUCAACUCCAACCUCCACCUCAACCUCAACGGGGAAGCCAGAGCUCUGAACCAGAAGUUGGCGGAGGUCUGUUGGUAGAGUUAGAUGGAAGGAGAAGAGAGGAGGAGACAUCCCAGGGAUCUGAAGGAUCACUCAUCUGGACGAUGGGUAAGCUGGCGUUCGUGGCGGCUCUGGUGGGAUUCGCGAUGAGGAGGGCAUGGCUGGCCGGUGGUAGAAUGAACCUUCCUUGGUUAUGAAGUGUGUCGAACACGAUGCAUUCAGUCAAUGUUUUUUUUUUUUUUAUCUUGUAAGUAUGAAAAUGAACUGCUCAUCUGUGUGGCUCAAUUUGGCAGAUAGAUAUUUGAAAAUCAUCUGUAAUGGUAUUCUGCUAACGAUAGGGUUGUAAGCAGUUGUGUUACAUAGAAUCUGCUGUAGUAGUCAUCACAUGUCUAUGAAAACUAGAGGAUCAUCAUUGUUGACACAACCCCCUGAUGCAGUGGUAAUAGUAUUCAAAUGUGUUGAAUAGCAUCUGCUGUAGUGGUCGUCACAUAUUGGUGAUAAUUAGAUCUUCAUCAUUGCAGGCACAGCUCCCUGUGUGGCAAACAGGGGUUAGCUGAAUAUAUGCAGAGCUCUGUGUUUUAUCUUGUGAUUCAUUUGUAAGUUAUACAUGAUUAUUGUGUAUCUGCCUGAAAUAAUUUUACAGAAUAUAUCGAUGCCAAGUAUUGAAUACUAAUUAUGAAUUUCUAGAAUUUGAUCAGAAUUAGCGUAAACUGUUGCGUGUACAUUAAUUGUUUGUAAUCUGAAUGCAGUCUACAUUGUCUUUCCUUUGUGUUUUUAUCAAGUCAUACUGCAAUCAACUUUUGAUGAAAUUGUUAGUUAUAUAGUUGUGGCUACACAGCCCCUUCCCAAGUCUGGGCAGUCCUUGGACCAAGUGUAAAAAAAAAAAGCAUAAAAAUGUAUUCUUUCACUCUUUAUGAGUAUUACAUCUCUUUCAAAAACAAUAAGUGAAGAGAUAGAAAACAUAAAAACUUAGUUGAAAGUAUUCAGGUAUAUGCAUUUGCAUGGCACAUAAAGAAAGCACUGUUCUUCUCACACUUGAGUGAGUUAAAAGACAUCUCUAAAACCCUUUAAAAAAAGAACCACCUGAGUUUCAUGUCCUAAACAUGAGGUAUUAAAGUUUUAUAAUCAAGGCAAGUAUGAAAAGUAGAUACUGAUCUUUUCAACUACAUAAUCGGUAACAUCAAUAUAACAACCUUUUGUAAGCACUGCCUUUACAAAACAACAAAAUAAUGCACUUGUCAUUUGUAAAGGCACACCUCUUGACCCCCGGGGAUGGUGCGUGAUUGUACCAAUGCGAGUCAUACAUUCUGAUACCAUGACGCACCCUCUGUCACAGAGAGUGACACACCAUCACAUUACAUCGACGCACAUUUGAGUCAAACAUAUGACACACAAUUUCAUGAAAAUGACUAGCCAAUGACGCACAUUUGAGAAACACUUCUGACGCACCUUUUCGUGAUCAUGCCUGACCAUGUGAUUGGCCGUUUUCUGCUACAGUGAUUUUUAUUUCUUAUACGGCCCCUUCAAAUAUAGAUAUACAUUAAAAAGUUAAAAGAUAACAAAAACUUAAAAUAUCAGACUCUUACAACAAACAGGUAAAAGGCAAGAAGCGAAAAUAAAAUAUAUGGACUAAUAACAUGGCAUAAAAAUAGUCUGAACUACGUACAUGUACAUUAAUUUUAAAAAGACCAAUUCAACAACUGGAAGUGCAUGAAAAAAGGAAAGACAACAAAAUUAUUUGAACUUUGACAUGAUGACUUUACAAAAUUUGGAUAGAUUCUUUAAGUGCUUAAUAGAUUUAAAAUUGAAUAGCUGAUUAAACUAAAUGACAUUAGGUCUAUGGUAAUAAUAAGUCUCAACAUACUUCUUACGCUCAUCAUUGAAAAACGGACAUACUAAAACAUAAUGAAAUUCAUCACCCUGAACUUCAAGGUUACACAAUGGACAUAUUUCAAGAGGUUCAUCAGAUGAAUAACGACAUUUAGCAAUUGGCAGAUUAUGGUUACCACAUCGAAAUUUACAUAAAGAUAUCUCCUACAUCCAACUUCAACAAAUAUUUUCUAAAACUGUUUCUUUAAAAAAAAUUCUAUAGUUGAAACACAAACGAUUUCUAUUAAAUUCUUCAUUCCAGUUUUGAUAAUCAAUAUCACGUAAUCUACGUUCCAUAGCUAACUUAACCACGGUGGUAUUGGAAGAAUGUAGAGUGAAAUGUAAAAGAGGAAUAGUCGUAUUUUUAUUAAAAAAAACCAAGAUCAACAAUCUUCUUUUCAUCCCACCCUAACUUCCAAAGGUUGUCAGGGCUGUCUAUGAUUCUCGUUUCCUCUUUGCCAUUCACUGCCUGCUUGCAAAAGAUCCUAUCUACAUUGCAUCUGCAUCCUUCUUUGCCUCACGCAACAUCUUACUUCUCAAAGGAGUCAAAUCAUCAUCAACAUACACCCUCUUGUAAGCAUCAAUCGACUUCAGAUUCUUUUUGUUCUUCAUGAGUUGGAUCUUGACAUCGCGCCUCACAAACUUGGCAAUGAUGGUCUUGCCACGCGACUGGGCAUCCGCUCCAGCUGCACGUCUGCCAGGUAGGCGAUGACUCACUGAGAUGUCGGCCUCAGAGAUAUCUACCCCAACAGACUUCGCCAGCUUCACCAGCUUCACCACUAUCUCAUUGGUGUUCUCAUCGGGGGUUUCGUCAAUGCCAUGGAUCCUCACAUUCUCUUGUCUGCCAUACUGCUCUAGUCUGUCUACGUCAAACUUUGUUUUCAGGGUCUGCAUUCGAAGACUAGACAUGCCAUUACUGCAAUAUAACUGCUUAAGACUAACAUCCAUCGCCGAGGUCACAGCAGCAGUGACAGCCUGAAUGAUGACCGGCUGUAUUGCUUGAACAAUACUCGACACAAGCUCUCCCAUGCUCGCCCUAUCAAGUGAACCACUGUGCAUAGAAGAUGGUUCAGCCUGACCACGAGCAGAAACACUUGAAACUUGACGUGUUGUUGUUGACUUCAAUGGAGAAGAACUUCUAACACCACCCACAUCAUUAGUGACGGCACGAUGUACUGCCUCAGAUAUUACAUUCUUAAAUGAUACUUCACUGUCCAAAUCGACACCAUUAUUCAAAGUGUCAGAGAGCACAGAAAACUUGUUUGCUGCCAUAUCCGGCGUGUUCAUGUUAACGUUGCAGCCACCGGGACUCACGCGCGCGUUCCGUCUUUAGGAUGGUUUGGUUUAUCUAUACUCAUACUCAUUUUUUUUUUUAUAGACCAGGAUUCUCUUCGUGGACUAGUUGGGAAGAUACAUGCAAGUAUGUCUCAACUCUGCUUCAACCUGAUCAAUGGGUGAAGCCAUUUCUUGAUCACCUCUGUCCAGAAUGGACAUAGCAAGGACACAUGCCCAUGGUUCACUCAUGUUAUUCAAGCGGUGUCGGCUUUUGUGGUUCCCACCAUCAUGUCGACUAUGUAUUCCCUUGUCAUCUCUUCUUACGAUACCAGUUCCACUUCCUAUCCCUGGAACAUCUGACGAAUGGUCUCCUCCACGAUGGCGUUGGAGAACUUCCAACAGUUUUCAACAGGCAUACUUUCAUCAUUAGGUUGAAGAGCUCGGGAUGUACUGGUGGCCUUUGCAAUGA